ACUGGUGGUGUCCGGCAGGUGUCAGUCCCGACUGCCACGCGCACCUCUACUGCUUCUCAUUAAACCACAGCAGCUUCUGUCAGUUCACGGAGGACCGAUCAGUGAUUAAUAACAGCCCCUGGCAAACUGGAGGGGGUAGCUGUCCAAAUCUCAGCCGCCUCAACAUAAAAGUGUCUCACACGCCCUUGUGGUGGUUCUGCGCAUGCGCAGUGCGCUUCGAACUCAGACUGAGAUAGAGCUCGAGCCUCCAGGCUGUGCAGUUCUGACAGAGUCCAAAACGGGUCGGAUUACCGAGACCCAGCUGGUUCCGAACACUAAAAAACGUCGUUAACUGCCGGACGUCAGCCGGGAAAACCGCGUCAGAGUAGCGGGGCGAACACACUCGGUGGACCGAGGGAGGCUGCCUGUCUGCCCGUCUGUAGCCAGAGACAAAGCGGCAUGAAGCAGCCGCCAGCUCCGCUUCCAAACGACGUUUAAACACCGUGUCACGGAUCCGGGUCCACCGUCGAGACUUAAAACCGGCUUUACGUCAACGGAGUUCUGAACAGGGAACGUGUCUUUACCAGCGGUUGCUUCCCGGACGGAAGAUCCAGAUGUUGGCCUGCUGCUGAUGCUCCAUGUCUUCGCAGUCUGACAACAGAGUCUCGAUGUCCUCAGACCUGUCUGUCCUGCACCUGACAGGCUCAACCCAGGGUUUACUGAAUACCGGUUGGAUGUAACGAGCACCAAAACAGCGACAUGAUGUCCCAGAGGUGGACCUGUCUCUCCGUUCCAUCUGUACUGAUCCUGGUCCUGGUCCAGAUUCUGGUCCAGGGCUGCUCUGUGUCAGCUGCCCGGUCUGAUAGGACUAUGGCGCUGGAAGAGUACGUGGAUGCCACGGUGAACACCACGGUCCUGGAUGCACGAGGAAACACCGUCCACAUGAUGAGCAGCGACGACGGGACAUAUGGACAGAACUCUCCUAAAGUGGACACCAGGGGUGUCAUUAUCACACCUGCCCUGCAUCACGGAGUGGUGGACCGGCAGGGCUGUGAUCCCAACACUCGCUUCCUGGUUCCUCCUCGGAGCGUCCACUGGGUGGCGCUGCUGCAGCGGGGAAACUGCACCUUCAAGGAGAAGAUCCUGAAGGCAGCGGCUUACAACGCCACUGCGGUCCUGAUCUACAACAACUCCACCGACAAGACCGUCAAGAUGGGCCACGAAGGUACUGGUGACAUAGUGGCAGUGAUGAUCACAGAGUCGUACGGUAAAGAAAUCCUGGCUCAUCUGGAGAGGAACCUGACGGUCCUUGUCUCUGUUGUGGUGGGUCAACGUGGUUCCACCAAAAACAUCAACCGCGGCUCGCUGGUCUUCGUCUCCAUCUCCUUUAUCGUCCUCAUGAUCAUCUCAUCCGCCUGGCUCAUAUUCUACUUCAUCCAGAAGAUCCGCUACAGCAGCGCACACGACCGCAGCCAGCGCCGCCUCAGCGAUGCUGCGAAGAAAGCCAUCGGGAAGCUGACGACAAGGACGGUGAAGAAAGGAGACAAGGAAACUGAUCCAGACUUCAACCACUGUGCUGUUUGCAUUGAGGCGUACCAGCUGAACGAUGUGGUUCGAAUUCUGCCGUGCAAACAUGUCUUCCAUAAAGUCUGUGUGGACCCCUGGCUGAACGAACAUUGCACCUGUCCAAUGUGCAAACUCAACAUCCUCAAAGCUCUCGGCAUCAUGACCAGUCUUCCCUGCGUGGACAGUGUGGUAUUGGAUGUGGAACGUCUGGGUGUCAGUCAGCCAUCUGGCAGCCAGAGGGCGCCACUGAGUGACAACAACCAGCCGUCCAUCAGCCUGGAGCCGCUUAGCCCCCCCCACACUGAGGCCACGCCCAGGACACCUGCUGACAUCACUAUUGCCGUUACGAGUGGUGGUCACUUCUUCAACAGGAACUCGGUGUCUCCUCGCAACAUCGUCUGUGAGAUGGAGCUGCCGGACAUCCAGGCCUCACUCGAUCUCUAUGAUGACAAUAAGUCAUGAGUCUCGUCGUCAUGGUUACAACCCAUCUACAGCACCGACUCACCUGCUGGAUGAUGGACAACCUUUACUGGACCCGGGGAGUUUUCACAGAGCCUUUCCUGUGGGGAUGUGUGGUGGUACUGGGAGGAGUUCUGAUGAAAACACCCUAGAUGUCAAACUGUUGUUGAAUCUACCACAACUUCUUCAGACUAAACACAUCCUGGUCUUGAUCUUCAUCUGAGUCCUGGUUUGGUUCUUGGUCUCAGUUUAGACUGGUUAUUUGUGCUUUUAUUUCGGUUUAAGACAAAAACUGCAUCCUGAAAUCCAGAACCAUCUCCAGUUCAGGAACAACAACAUGAACCACAAUCUGUUGUGUAGCUGGAGUUGAUGUUAGUGUUGAGUUCCUGGGAAGGUUCCAGAGCUUCAACCUGUUCUGACAAAACCAUAAAAGUGCUCUUCUUCCCAAGUUUUCCCAGGUUCGAAUCAGGUUCUGGGUUCCUACAAGUUUUAUUUUCUUGAUGUGUAAAACAUUUGAGUAAACUGUUUCCGGUUUCCUGAUGAGUUUUCUGGAAACUUUAAGGAGAUCUUAAAAAGUUGAAUUUCUGUCCUGGUUAACUCGCGUGAUUUGGAUCUAAAUGAGCCAUGAAGUAGUUCCUGGGAAUGUUUGCUGGUGCCUAAAAGCUCGAAGGACUUCUUUCAGUUAAAAACACAUGUUCUUAUAAAUGUCCCUGGUAAAGUUCCUGAGUGCCUAAAAGGGUUCCUGGACUGGUUUCUUGGAGUCUCACUUGGAUUUUUCUGUUCCUGGAAACAUUUUAGAGCUUUUCAUGGCUUUCUGGAAAAGUUCCUGAUCAAAAAGGGAUUCUGAAACAUGUCUGCAGUCCAAACAAAGUUCAUGUGUUCUCAAAAAUUCUACACAUAGGUUCUUCAUAUGGUUCCUGUCAUUUUGACUCCUUUUUUCCUGGAAAACAGGUCAAUUGUUAGACCUGCACUUAGAUGGACCUGACAGCUGGACCAGAACCAGAGCAGACGUAAAGAACCUGGACUAGAAAAGUUCCUGUCAGUGUUUUCUGAUGUUCUAUGUUCCGUCAUCAUUACUCAGUCUCUCAGCAUUAUUAAUCUGACCUCCUGAUUGGCUGAUUGAUGAUUGCAUCAUUAACAGGCUCUCAGAGUCUGGGGUCUAUGUUCAGACCUGGAUCAGGGCCUCAUGUCUGUAAAUACUGACUGAGCUUCCUCUCUAUCAUCGUAUGGAACCAGAGGAUGUCCUGGAUGUAGACCGGGACACGGAUCCCUGCAGGAAACAACCAUAUGGACUUUAACUCCCCAGUAGAGAAAAAAGUUUCUCUGUAGAACAAAGAGACGUUAGAUUUAAAGUAACCGUCCAACAUGUCAGAAACCUCUGAUGUCUGGAACGUUCCUCAGUUCUCCGACCUCUGACAUAACAUGUUUCCUUCUCUGACUCUUGCUCAGAGGACGAGACGAUGGGUCUGGUCUGGGAUCUGGUUGGCCCAGCUUACCACCAGGUCUGUGGACCUCUGCUGGACGAAUGGGGUACCAUUCUUCCAAGACCUCUCAGCUGUUGAGCAAACCAGUUUGUGAUAAUUAACUGAGGCUGUUUUUGACAUCAGAGGGUUUCCCGUAGUGACGGACUGCUCCUUUAACGUGUAUUAAACAGCUUAUUAAUUAACCACCUGUAAUCAUUCACUAUAUAAACAGUGUUAUUAUACCAUCUAUAAUCAGACUGAUCAAUCAAUAUUAUCUCUAAAGUGACCUGAAGAUGUCCUGAGGGACGCUCAGCUGCUGUCCUCGUCUGUCCUCUCUGUCUGUCCGUCUGUCCCUGUGUCUGUGUCUGAUGGUGAUGAUGAUGAUGAUGAUGGAGGUGGAUCUGUGAUGCUUUGAGUCCACUGUGUCUUUACUGCCUCAACAUCAAGUGUCAUCAUUAAACUUUCUUUAUUGUGUUUAAA